UUCAGUGGGGCUGUGUUUGGAGGGAUACAUUGUCUGGGCUGGAAUUCUUUGUUUCAGGGGCAAGCAGGGCAGAUACUAUGGCGUGCUGCCUCCCUUGCGAUAGUUGCCACACCAGUAUGUAUUCUUCUGCUGUUUAGCUAUACAAUUUGGUUGAACGGUUCGAGCGAUGACAGCGAGAAUGUCGCAUUUUUAGCUUUACUCGCCAGCUUUUCCAUAUAUAUUGUUGCACGCGUUACACUAAUUGUACUUAUAUUGAUGAGUUUUCAAUCGCUACCUCCUGCCAUAUACGAUACAGUAGCCUGGACAAAGUUUAUUCCACAUUUGUAG